GUUGUUGGCGGUGCUAACAUUAGCAAAGAAAAUCCUCUGAGGUGACGGUAGCUAGCUGUACUAACGUUACACACUCAUUUAUUUUAAGAGAAGAACCUCGAUAGGACACUGCUGCACCAUAACAUAAGAUGCCAUUUUUAGUGUAGCAAGAUUUAUCUACGUGGAAAUGUGUUUUGAGGAAUUAUACAUUGCUUUUCGUGCCUUUUUGAUGUUUUAUCUGUCAGCCUAUUUAACGUUAGCUAGCGUGUUUUUGGACGUAGUCUCCUCCUAACAUUAACUUAAAUAGUUUAAUAAACGACGUUAGCAUCUGUAGCCAGAGCCCUGUCCAGCUUUCUUGCACUAAGUGUAUUUAUCUGCCGACUAGAGGAAAUGUCAGCCCUCCUUCCAAACUGUUCGCAGCGAGUCCUGGAAGCGGAGGCAAGAAGGACAGACGAGGGCUUGAGCCUAUAAAACCAGGACAAAGGAGGAUGAUUUCACGAUACAACAGAAGACCUGUAUCGCACAAACUUGAGAUUCGUGGGUUAUCUCGAAGCAGCCUUGACCACCACCCUCUCCCAGAGGAAGCAGACGAUAACCAAACCCCACAGCGCUACCUCCAUGACCUCCAGGAAGCUAUUUCAACUCACAACAGCUCAGAGACGUCUGCUGCCUCAGGCCACUCUGACUGUCCCACCGUCAUCUCAGUAGACUCCAACCAGUCCUGGUCAGGUAUCCACAGCUCCACAGGCACUGGUAUAUCCACAGAGAGGAGCUCUGUUUUCUCCUGGGGCUACGAUGAGUUCGACAAGGCAGCGUCACGACAGGUGCAGCAAAUGUUUGAGGAGAUUGACAAAGAGCUGUAUGAGGGGAGAGGCAGCGGAGGCGGGAUACUCCAGGGGCUGCAGGAUGAAUGCCAGCAGUGGGCCACACGUUUCCCACAUCUUCGGAUCCUGGGAACUCAGCUGGUAUAUCCCAGUGAUGAUGGCUUCCAGUGGUACGGUACAUCAGAGAAAGGCAGCUCUGCCAGCAGCCCAUCAGCAGGCAAAGAGAGCAUUGUGAAGUCCCAGGAGAAAGACAGAGGUGGCACAGAGUUGAAUGUACAGGGAAGGAGAGCAGCACUGAUCAGGUCCUCCUCAGCAGAGUUGGAUGGGCCUCCUGGCAUCUCCAGUGGUUCAAGCAGUCAUUACAAGCCGAAGGUGAUUGAAAUGGAGGGUCUGAUGGAGGAAUACCUGGCUUUUGAUAGCAGGGACUUGGAAGACGAGUGGGAGCAGGAUUGUUCAGAGUCGGGUCGGAGGCAUCACUCUAUGCCCCCCAUCUCGCCAUACCGCUGUCGCCGCCAAGCUGUUCUUGACCUGCUGUUUGAUGACGUGUGGCACCAGCUGGUUGGCUGGAUGAAAGAGCUAGUUCAACGCCACUGGGAAUGCUGCACCUCAAAUGAUGAAAAGAUUUCUGGGAACUUGAGCCCUGUGCAGCAAGACACCCAGAAUCCCUUCAUGCUGCUCGCUACGCUGCCCACGAUGCUGCCCAAACUUGGCCAGAGCAGGGUGCCCCCGCUCACAGCUGGCCUGCAGUACCAGAAUACAAAGUCAAGGGGCUCAAAGCACAAGUCCAGACGGAAAUCCAAAAAGCAGAAAAGACCCUCCACUGCUGGAAGGGUCCCAGUUGGAGCAGUGGCGACUCAGCACAACCUGAACGACCUCAUCGUGAUCCACAGCAUCUCCCUGCAGCAGAGGAACCUGGUUGUGCUGGAUAGAAACCAGGAGCCAGAGGAGCGGGCAUCCCACAGACCAGGCUCCAGCGUGGUUCCCUCCAGCAAACCUCGCCCUCGCCGAACCCUGGAGCAGAGCUCUUCCUCGCUGUUGCGCCCUGCGCAGUCAGCUCGGCGCAGAAACCCUCCUCCUCGGACUCUCCUGCCACUGGUUCCCAGCCUGAGCCAGUCCAGCACAGCAGGAUCCAUGGAUGAGGUCAUUCGCGGGACACGUCUACCCACGGCCAGUGACCGCCUAACAUCUCCGCUGUUGCCUCUGAGCAGAAACACACUCCUUCCCCCAAUCAGCACUGGGGACCCAGAUUCAUCUCACUCAGGGCAGCAGUCCAAACCUGCACAGCGUCAGAAAGGCCCAUCCAACCGCGCCCACAGUGCUAUAAAUGACGAAGCUGGCAGUUCAAUACCAAGGGAUCGUCACCACCUUCUGGACGUCUUCUCUCGUCCCAACACCACUCACACAUACAGGUCGGACACUCCGUACCGUCGUUCUUUCACAGUAUUGGACAACAUUGGUCAGGGGCGGCCAGGCAGAGCAUCUGUGGGCACAGACUCUCUUGGAAUCGGUGUGACCGGCGUCAGUCUUGGCAUCAGCAGCUCAUCUUUCUUGGACUCGUUUUCCCACCACCCCUUGGGGCACUCGCCUAUCAAAGACGAAGAUGAGCCAGACCCACAGGCCCCUGUCUCAGCUCCACUGGUGCCUGUGUCAGUCCAUCCUCGGUCUUACACUCGGGGAGGCAUCGCGUCCAGAGCCAGCAGACCCGGCUUGUAGUUUGCCCCCAACCUCCACAUCUUCCAGCCAUUCAUCUUUAUACAGCACGACAAAGUGCAACGCUCUGCAGCAUCUGUGCCCACUAAACAUUUUUUGUCUAACUCAAGUAGCAUAUUUUUGUCAUAUUAUGCUGCUUUGUGAAGUUUUUGUUAGAGGCCUAUUUUUGUAUUUCAGAAAUCAGCUUAUGUGGCUGCCAAACACAAAUAACUGUCAACAGUAUAUCCAUCUACAUGUACAGCAUGAGCUGUACGUGUAGAUAUUUAUACAAUGUAUGAUCUGAUAAUGUACGAUGUGAUUGUGUAUAUAUAUUUAUAUGUGAAUGUACUGUAUAUUAUCCUCUGCGGUGUGUUGUACUGGUAAAUGACUAUGCAGGGAAUAACACAUCAAUCCAAACAGGGAUAGAGAAGAUAAAAAAAGCACUUUUUUCCUCUCUGAUGCUACAUCAGAGAGUUUGGUACUGUAUCUUUUAUAAGGACACAAUUUUCAACCACCCUGUUUAAAAAAAAAAAAAGAAGACCCAGAUUAACCCAGAGCCUCUUAAAUUGCAUAUCAUUGCACACAGGGAAGAGAACAAGAGGAGCCACCUGGAAAGUUUGUGGUUGCCUUUCUCUCCAUGAAGGCUCAGCUCCAA